AUGCCCCCUACACCAAAGUCUCCUACUCAGGCUAGACGGACCGGAGCGCCCAAGGCUAAAGGCGCUGUGCGCGCCAAGUCGGGUUGUUACACGUGCAGAAUCCGUCGGAAGAAAUGCGACGAGCAGCCCAACAACGACGGCAGCUGCCAAACAUGCGUUCGACUUCGUCUACAAUGUCUUGGUUUUGGCGCAAAGCGUCCAGAAUGGUUGCGGGCAAGCGACAAAGUCGUCGACCUACGAGAAAAAAUUAAAAACUUUCUUGCCGCACAAGGAAUGAUUAAAGGGCAUUCUGGUGCUGGGCCUCGUCCCAACGACCAGGAGCCUUCUAUUCUAUCACUUUCGGCGGACUAUGCUUCUCCAAGCACGAGUCCGCAGACACCCACAUUGUCGAUCUCCAGCGACGAGCGACACCCGGGUAUAGCCCGUAAUGAUUAUCUUCGGGGGGACACUGAUGCUCGACUUCCCGUGAUGCAGGACAUUGAUUCACCAUUGGACGCUCGGGAAAAUUAUCCCGGGGUUAUGCUGCCUGCGUAUCCUUCCACUACUUAUACGACUAGCUUAGAUCCAUCAUGGACGCAAUCAAUCCUGCCUCGACCGCACACCAGCGACUUCUCUGCAAUGUACCAAGCAACCUUCCCGGACGAAGACGAGAAUAACGUCGUCAUACCCUCUGGAUAUCUCUUGCCCCAGCCCAUUAACACCGUCCAAUAUAACUGGUUUAACCUGAACAUGCAGCAAAACGCAUCAUUGCAACACUAUAUGCACCAUGUUCUCCGUAUCCAAUAUUUGCAUGCCGAUGGGUCGAUUGAUAAACUCAUAUGGAAUCUCAUACAUUCCAGUGAUUCUGCCCGAGAGGCUGCAUGUUUGCUUGCAGAUUUGCACCGCAAGAGCACCCAAGGUGCAAUUGGUUUCACUACGCCAACAGACCAUUCUGUGUACGCACGCAUCCAAAGUGCACCAGUGACGGAAGGAGACGCUCUUGCAAGUCUUUGCAUGGUCUCCUAUUUCCUCUUCUCUGGGGGGCAAGGGCAGUGGCAAGCGUUCCUCGACAGCGCUUGCGAAUUUUCCAUCAAAGUUCUCCAGCGGAAACAUCAUGCGCCGGACUGGGCGCUGAGCUUAUGCACUGACAGCAUGCGAUUUAUCAUCAAGACGUCCAUGUGGUUCGAUGUCCUCGCCUCUGCAACGCUGAUCCGUCGUCCCAAGUUCCUUGAUGUGCUCCGUUCGCUCUAUGACCCCGCCACUGCCGUCGAUGAUGGCAGACCGGAGCUUUCCAUGAUGGGCGUCAUGGGAUGCGAGAAUCGCAUCGUCCUCGCUCUCGCUGAAAUCGCUGAUCUCGCAUGCUGGAAGGAUGAAUGCAGGCGUGCUGGAAGACUCAGCGUUCCCGAACUCGUCAGACGCGGGCAAAAUAUCGAAGCCAUUUUGAAGACCACCAAUGACCCUGACUACCUCCAGGGCUUUGAAUCGGAGAAGUUACGCCGACGACGCCUCACAUCUGACGUAUUCCGCGCGUCCGCGCUUGUUUAUCUCCACUCCGUUAUCUCUGGGGACCAUCCACAAUGCCCAGAGAUCAUGAGCAACAUCGCAGAAACAGUCAAGUGUCUCAGGCGUGCUGAAGACGUCAGCACAGCACGCCAUGUUGUGCGCAGCGUCGUGUUCAGCAUAUGUAUAUGUGGCUGCCUGACGGAUGUUGUUCAAUACCGCGAAUACUUCCUGCGGCGCCUGCAGGAGCAGCAGACAGAGACAGUGGGGAACUGUGCUCGGGUCGCUGAACUUAUGAGAGAAGUGUGGAGGAGCCGAGAGCGAGGAGAGCCCGUGGACUGGCGUGUCGUCAUGCAACAAUCCCAGAUGCUUCUUGUCUGA